UCGCGAUUUGCCUCUUCUUUCCAUUUUUGUGUUUCCUGUCGAAAUCCGAGAGCCUGUAGAAUUUCUCCGGUGAUGCUCCGGCCAUGCACAUAGGAGGAACCCUGCUAGCUCGCCCGCGUCUCUAGGAACCCUCCCGAACCCUCACGAUCGGCCAGGCACCGCCGGGCUCCCUACGGUAGCGCCCAUGUUGCAGCGGCAGGCGGCGGCGUGGGUGCCGUUCUGACUCAGCCAGAACCGCUGUCGGCAGGCCGAACGCAAGUCUAGCACCACCGCACACCUUGGCCCCAGAAAGCACCUCAAACUGCAAGAAAAACGGCCCUAAUGUGGAGCUCAGAUCUUAAGCGGUGGCGCUCGGGUGAAGGGGAACAGUCGGUCUUUUCUCUGAACCUGAAUCUGGUGCUUCAUUUUUCUCUGGACAGUAUGGGCAGCAUGUUGUGGGGAGGAGGGUCUGAGGAAAGGUUGUCUUGCCCGCGCAAAUGCCUGAGUGCUGAGAAGAUCAGGUGAUGCAAUGUUGUGCUCGAUGAGGACAGAUGGGGUUGUGCCACCAUUCAUGUGCAGUUGCCAAAAAAAAUUCAUUUAUUCCUCAGUCAGGAUACAGACAUACAAGAUUCUUAUACAAAUUAGAGAACUUGCACGAUUGUUGUUCAAAUUAUGACGACACAGUUGGUCGUGGGCAUGCAAUGCUAUCUACCCAGUUCUAAAACCUGACAAAAUUCAGUUUCACAUUGGACUAUUCAGGUACCCAGAUCAGAAUUGCUUCCACUCAAUGGCGAUUCAGACAGAGCUGAUGUGGCCAUAUUCGUGUAUCCAUUCAGUUGCUGAGAGUACUACCGGCUUUCUCUCAACAAUGCAUAUGCAUCUUGACACAAAUCCGGCCUCUUCCUUUGAGCUGAGAGUUGUUCGCUGAAUUUGCAUAGUGCAAUAAGGCUUUGUAGUUGUGCACGACUGCAUGAACAUCAGUCGCAUUUUUUGGUGUAGAAGCUAAAGGACCUGAAGAUGAGGAAGCAGCAUGCCUCACUGGUGUGCUCGUUGCAUGUCUUGCUGCUGCAGAGGAGAAGAAUCCAGUAUGAGUCGCUCAGCCACUCCUCUCACCCCUCCUUUGUCCCACAUCCAGCAAAUAUUGCAUUGGAUCAUGGCCCCUGGUCUUGGCUAACCCGAAACAAUUUAUCUUCACCACCGAGCUGCCACAAUUCUUGGUCAGGCAGCUUCAAUUUCAGUCGGAUCCAUUUAAAGCCCUCGCCCCCACAGCCUCCACCCAUUACCUCAAAGACUUUUAGGGACAACGAGGAGCUCUACCUUGCCACUGAUUCGGACAAGCUGCUACUGAUCUGCAUCCCCUUCAUACAACAACUGCAGCUUCAGUAAUUGAUUUGAUCAAAGCCUUUGCAAAAUAUAAAGCAUUUGAAAUUGGAAAAGUCAGAUUUAGUUUUGUUCAAAAUCCUAAGAAUUAUCUUGAAUUUCUCUGUUUUGUGGAAUAUCAGUAAAAUUGAUCUUAAAUAUAUAUAUUUUGUGUAAUUUUUAUGUUUGUGUUAUGUGUACAAUAUCUUAUUUAUAGGGUAGGGGAUUCCAGUAGAUUGAGAUUGCGGUUAUGGUUGAGCGGAGCCCAUGUAUUCAUGCUUGCUUUCUUAUCUUUUAAACCAGAAAACUAUGAGUAUUAUAAAAGUGUGCAUUUAUAUGUUA